GUGAACGCCUGUCGACAUCAUGGCUGAAGGUGGCAACUGGGAAGGUGAUUCAGUGGCCUCUACAUCAAAGAAACAAAAAGGUGGGAAAUUAACUAAAGUGGGCAAGGUCCUCAAAAGACUUUGGCCAGGCACCUCAUCAAAGAACGAUGGUCAGAACACAGGAACAACGACAGAAAAGCAAAGUCGGAUUGAAAGCAGAACUUCAAUGGAAUGUGAACCCGCCGAAGAGGAAAGGGAACAAUGUCAGUCCCGAGAAAGAGGAAUAGGAGACGUGGUUCACGCCCCUGGAACUGAAUCAAGUGACGAAAUCCAUCAUGACCGAGAUUCAUCAAACAAGGAAUCAUCGAGUCCCCUCCAAGGAGCAGAGCAGCAGAAUAUGGUAACACCUAUCCACACCACGGCUGAAGUUGGAAACAGGACUGCGGCUCCAGUGACCUCAACAACAAGGAUGGACACAGAUCUAACUCUUACAUACUUUGAGCUCCUGACACAGUGGAGCGACUACCAAUUGUUCCAACUGACAAAAUUCUAUCGGGAGAGACUGAAACAAGCGAUUGAAGAAGGGGUUGAAAGUCUUGGCUCCAUGAUGAGACGACAGGGAUGUUUCAGUGGCCAAGAACUCAGGAGUGUCGCUGAGCUCGUGGCAAAGGGAAACCGCAGAGACAGUUCCAUACUCUUCCUCAGUCUGGUGAUGGAGAAGGGUAACCGUGCCCGGCGGGUGAUGUGGGAAUCCUUUGUGAAAAUGCAGAACGAAUUGCCGAAGCUGAACAAAAUACUGAAAGAAAUCCAGGAGCUCGGUCCUGAUCCACAAGAAUACAUGAACAUCAUCGGAGGUUUAACUGAAUUACCCUCUCAUAUGGAAGGUGAGUGUUGAAAUGUACAGUUCACACCAAUUACGUUAGAAUUGAU